AAGCAGCUGACUUUGGGUUUUGGUCUGCACGCACUGAGCUGCAUUCUGCCCGUUACUGCAGCCUGCAGGAGUUCCACAGUCCUCUCAACUAAAUUGUGACCAAAAUGAUGGCCACACAGUACCUGCCCUGCUGCACACUCAGUCUAUUAAUGCUGUUACAGCUAGUCCUUGGCCAGUAUGAACACCUCGGCUACCCUCCGGGCUACCCGGAGCCGGUCCAGGAACAAUACACCCCCCCACAGCUGGCACCAGACACGCCCAGGAUUCAGCUCCGGUUGGCGGGAGAUAAGAGGAAACACAACGAGGGCCGCGUGGAGGUCUUCUACAACAAUGAGUGGGGAACUGUCUGUGAUGAUGACUUCACUAUCCACGCCGCUCAGGUGGUGUGCCGGGAGCUGGGUUACCUGGAGGCUGUCUCAUGGUCACCAUCGUCCAAGUAUGGGAAAGGAGAAGGACCCAUCUGGUUCGACAAUCUGCACUGCACUGGCAAAGAGAAGACCCUGGCGCUGUGUCCCUCCAACGGGAUCGGUGUUUCGGACUGCAAACACAGUGAAGACGUAGGCGUGGUGUGCAGCGACAAAAGGAUCCCGGGAUUUAAAUUUGUCAACACCCUGCCCAACCAUGUGGAGAGCCUUGAUAUUCAAGUUGAGGAUGUGCGCAUUCGAGCCAUACUGUCAUCGUACCGUAAACGGAUCCCGGUGACAGAAGGCUACGUGGAGGUCAAGGAUGGCGGUAAAUGGAAGCAGAUCUGUAAUGCGGAGUGGAACCAGUUCAACAGCAGAGUCAUCUGUGGCAUGUUCGGCUUCCCCGGCGAGAGAAAAUACAAUGCCAGAGUCUACAAGAUGUUUGCCCGCAGGAGAAAGCCCACAUACUGGGACUACUCCGUCAACUGCACUGGCAACGAAGCCCAUUUGUCCAGCUGUAAACUGGGCCAGACGACAUCGGUGAAGUCCAACGGGACCUGUGCUGGAGGGUUGCCUGUGGUGGUGAGCUGCGUUCCCGGCAAAGCUUUCUCCCCGACUCCAAUGUCUGGAUUCAGGAAGGCCUUCAGACAAGAGCAACCGCUGGUGCGUCUGCGUGGAGGAGCCAUCAUAGGCGAGGGCCGAGUGGAGGUGUUGAAGAAUGGAGAGUGGGGCACCAUUUGUGAUGACAACUGGAACCUGCUGGCUUCCACCGUCGUGUGUCGAGAGCUGGGUUUCGGUACCGCCAAGGAGGCCCUGUCUGGAGGUCGCCUGGGACAAGGUAUGGGCCCAGUCCAUAUGAAUGAGGUGGAGUGCUCUGGAUUUGAGAAGUCCAUCACUGAGUGUUUCUUCAACAAAGAAGCUCUGGGUUGCAGCCAUGAGGAGGAUGCGGCCGUCAGAUGUAACGUCCCUGCUAUGGGCUUCCAGGAGAGGCUGCGUCUGAGCGGUGGUCGUACCCCCUUUGAGGGCCGUGUGGAGGUGCUGGCAGAGAGAAACGGCUCUCUGGUGUGGGGGACGGUGUGCAGCGAAGGCUGGGGAACCAUGGAGGCCAUGGUGGUCUGCAGACAGCUGGGCCUGGGCUUCGCCAGCAAUGCUUUCCAGGAGACCUGGUAUUGGCCUGGAGAGGUUACAGCAGAUGCUGUGGUGAUGAGUGGCGUUCGCUGCUCUGGUACUGAGAUGUCUCUGUCCCACUGCCUGCACCACGGAGCCCACCUGAGCUGCUCCAAAGGAGGUGGACGCAACGCUGCCGGAGUCUCCUGCUCUGAGACGGCUCCUGACCUGGUGUUGAACCCUCAGGUGGUGGAGCAGACCACCUACAUGGAGGACAGGCCCAUGUUCAUGCUGCAGUGUGCGUACGAGGAGAACUGUUUGGCCACCACCUCCAGUGCCACACCAGCCAACUCCUACCGCCGCCUGCUGCGCUUCUCCUCCCAGAUCCACAACAACGGCCAGUCUGACUUCCGGCCCAAAGCUAGCCGACACUCCUGGGUGUGGCACGACUGUCACAGGCAUUAUCACAGCAUGGAGGUGUUUACCCUCUAUGACCUGUUCACCCUCAAUGGAACCAAAGUGGCUGAGGGACACAAGGCAAGUUUUUGCCUGGAAGAUUCAGAAUGUGAUGAAGGUAUUGACAAGGUGUACGAAUGUGCUAACUUCGGAGAGCAGGGCAUCACUGUGGGCUGCUGGGAUACCUACAGGCACGACAUCGACUGCCAGUGGGUGGACAUCACUGACGUCAAACCUGGAGAUUACAUUUUCCAGAUUGUAAUUAAUCCAAACUAUGAAGUGCCUGAGUCAGACUACAGCAAUAACAUCAUGAAAUGCAGAUGUCGAUAUGAUGGUCAUCGUGUGUGGAUGUACAGCUGCCAUAAUGGUGGCUCAUUAAGCACUGAAACAGAGGAGACAUUCCCAGGCCUCCUGAACAACCAGGUGACCCACAGGUAAAGACAAAGCAGAGGAGAGGAGUUGACCGGCUGUUCCCCCUCCUGCAGGGAGACUGUCUGAAGCCCACCAACCACUACUACAUCUGUGGUGGAUUCCCCCCCCCUCCCCGCCAGCCUUGCCCUGGUCAAACGAUCCUUUUAUGUUCCCCCUCAUCCAUGAGGCAGCAGCUUUCUUUGACCCUCAACCCUUUUUAUCCUCCAGCAGAAAGAAUAUUUGAUCCCUCUCUCCUGUCCAAAAACAGAGGCAGCUACAGCCUUACCAACACUUCAAUUCUCCAUGGAGGUGGAGCUCUCCACCUGCCCUGUGACUCAAGAGACCUUUGUUUUCUUUUUUCGAAUGAGUGAUGAAGUCAGCCUGCUGAAAGGGGGCAGGUAUUUUAACACCAGGUGUAGCAUCCGGGGAACGCCAUCCAAGAUGUGCCUUCUUUUGAAGUGCAGCAUUUUAACACAGCCCCUGCUGCAGUGCUUUUGGUUCAAAGCUCACCCCCAUGGUAGAGUUUGGAUGUCUGCGCUGGGUCGCCCGAGGACGACGAAGGAAUCAUCGAUAACAAGCUCUGGUCCGUGUUUGGAAAAAAUAAAUGCUGCAUUCUUUUUUCGCUUGCAUUCGCUUCAAGAGAGUUUCAUAAAGUGCCUUUUACACACUGAAGUCCACAUACACUGAGGUUAUGCUAUACAGGCUCACUGAGCGUUUCAUAAGCUGAAGGCGCAUGUUUUACAUCUUCACUAAGAACUUUUUAAAAAGUGCAAACAGACUAAUCUGAAAAGCUGAAAUAUUACAAGCUAAAGUUAUUUUUUUAUAUAGUUGGAGCAUUCUCUGGACAAGACUGUAGUUCUUACAUAAAGUCUGAACAUUACAUAAUGGUAAGUUGUCCAGAAAUAAAAUUAUGUGAGCAAAAUGUUGACAAAUGAACCCUUAAUUAACAUGAUGCGUGAUAUAAGAGAUUCUACUUUUAGCCAGCAUGGUCCAAAAACCUUCCACUCAUGUGUACGGUCAGUAAAAAGCAGGAAAUACUUCAGCUUGGCUUGUCUUUUUUCUUUGGUCACAUGGUGUCUGAACAGAUUCAUUCAAGACAACUAAGGAUCAGUUUCAGCUCCAACACAUCACCUUGUUGUCCCCAUAUGAUCAAAACUCUUUCCUCUUAAUGAUAAGCUGUAAUAUUUAGCUUUAGAUGCUUCUACCGGACCUCAAAUGUCUCUUCUUCAUGUUCAGUGCCUUUACAAAAAGUCCAAAUGCAUCAUCUUUAAACCUUUCACACACAUUCUCCAUCGAUACUAGGUCUGGGUAUCGAGUGAAAUAAAUCGAUACCAAGUAGGAUCGAAACGUCUCCAGUCAAACGAUACCUGCAUUCGAUCCUUUUUACAUCCAUACCUAGAAAAUAUGACUAUUUGUAUGGACUCAGUUGGUAUCAGUAUCACUUUAAGUGUACUUGGAUUGGUACUCUCACUCUCACACACACUCUAAUAAGAUUUUUCUAUGGUCGAAAAAAUUAGCUUUCACACUCAAUUGAGAUGUAGGCUAUUACAUCGUCCGACUGCCAGAUGGCUUUGAAAGUCAGGAGGCAACAUGUUCUUAAGGUUUCGGGUGUGUGUGUAUCAUGUCAUGCGUUGCACCUGAAUUAAGUUUAUGACAGCAUAUAUUACACAUUCAUAUCCAUGUAAAUGUAAAAGGUUACAUUUGUGAGUAAUAAGAGUUUUUCGCUUUCUUUUGAAACUCUCAAGAAACACAUGCCUGAUAAUCUCACACUAAUGUUAUAAUAUGUUGUGCAGGAAAGAGACUGUGAUGCUGACCUGCAGUAGAAUAUCAGCUAGGAUCCUUUGAGUGUUAGUCAGCAGCACUCUCUGGUCUCAUUGUAAGCAUCGUAGGGCGGCUCUCCAGUAGCCUGCACUUCAUUUCCUCUCACUGCCUCAUGUGUUGCCUUUACAAGGAGACAGAUCCUGCACACCAUCUUCUCUGGAGCAGCACGUCUUCCUGUUUUAGACAGUCAGUUGCAGAUGUGUUCUUUUUUUUUUAUAUACUCUCAAAAUGUAAUAAAGAAAUAAAGAAAUAAAACAAAACAUUAAGUUCCUGUCACUGAAAGUCAGGUUUUAUCAGUCACUGAACUAUAAAGUCAAUUUAGUCAGGUUCAGUUUUAUUCCUUGUUUAAAAAAAACAAAACAAAAAACGUUUGUACAAUAAUGUGUGUGAAUCCUAUUUUAUUGUACUUUUUAUAAUGGUGCUAUCAAACUGGCCCUCUGUUUUCUGAGGGCUCAGUACAUGUUCAACAGCUACAUUAUGUAUACUAACAGUAUACUUGAACUGGGCGUAUGAAACUAUGUGCUUUGUGUGUUAAACUAUAAUAAAGGUCUGAGUUACAGAGCAAC